AAUUCCCAGUCACACCGUCCUGGGCCCGAUCUGGCUGAGCCUACAGGAGGUGCCUACUCCUCUGGGCUCUCUUUUCUAUCAUCCAGGUGGACUGUCCUGAGCUGUUCGCUUCCUGGAGUCACAUUCCAACCCCGCCUCCCUGAGAAGACACCCAGGCCUCCUCAGGGGCCGGCAGUGGGCACUGUUUCCACACUUGCUGCACCUCUAUGGGGCCCCACCCCCACCUCUGCUUGGGGCGGGGACUUAGAAGGGAUCUCUAACUCGGGACGAAGCUAGUGGAAAGGGAAGAACAAAGCUCCAAAGGUCAGUUUCUGGAUGUUCAAGAAGCUUCCGUGGAAAGACUUUAUAAAAGAGACGAGGGAAGAGCUCACUCGAGAGAGGGCGGAGGUUUAGCUGUGACCGUCAUCUCUGUGACAUCAUUCCCCUGGAGGAUGCGUGGCCUCUAGGUGGACAUGCCUCGGCACACAUCUAACCCUCCGGCACAGGGGCAGGGGAAGCUGGCACCAGCGAGUCCCAGCAGUGCGGCGCCCACAAAAACAAUAGAGUUUGCAGGCCGAAAGGGCUUAAUCCCUAAGUGCUCCGGCAGGGACCACUCCUUGAAACCACGACUGGGACUUGAGCCCAUUCUCGGCUCCUCUUCACCACUACUCUCUACCAGCAGUAGCGACACGAGCGAGCGGCGGCGGGGUUUGCUCGGUGCCUGGUGAGCAGCAGGGGAGCCGCGCGGAGAGAAGACUACAACUCCCAGCACACCCCGCGCCGUCCAGCCUCACAUUUCCCAGAAGGCCGCAGGCGGCGCGUUCCCGACAAGCCCCGCGGCGGCCGCCCACCGCCGGAUUUGAAUCGCGGCACCGCUCGGUGGCGGCAGCGGGAUGGGUGCCCCGUCAUUGCCCCCGACCUGGCAGUUCUACCUCAAGGACCACCGCCUCUCCACAUUUAAGAACUGGCCCUUCUUGGAAGGCUGCGCCUGCAUCCCGGAGCGGAUGGCCGCGGCCGGCUUCAUCCACUGUCCCACUGAGAACGAGCCCGACUUGGCUCAGUGUUUCUUCUGCUUCAAGGAGCUGGAAGGUUGGGAGCCAGACGACGACCCCAUAGAGGAGCAUAAAAAGCACUCAUCUGGUUGUGCUUUCCUUUCUCUCAAGAAGCAGUGUGAAGAGUUAACCCUCAGUGAAUUUUUGAAACUGGACAAAGAAAGAGCCAAGAACAAAAUUGCAAAGGAAACCAAUAAAAAGCAGAAAGAAUUUGAAGAAACUGCAAAGAAAGUCCGCUGCGCCAUUGAGCAGCUGGUGGCCUCAGAGUGACGCCUCCCACUGUCCCCGCCCCACAGCGGCACGUCGGUUCCCAGGCACAGCCCUCAGCGUUACCAGCUUUCCUCCGGGGCCCCUUAGCUGCACCUUAGGAAAGGAGACAUCAGCAUUUUGAAAUGAGAAUGUUUAAACCAGCUUUUCGUUUUUUUCUUGAAGAUGGUGCCAGGGGCUCCUUCUGUCGUGCAGCUGGUGCUGAGGGCAGUGACCGAUUCUCUUUUCUCUUUGAUAGUUUUUGCUUUAUUGCUUCCUGGACUUACCUGGGUAAGGUGAGACGUUUAUCCGUGUGGGCAGAGCCCGUCCACAGCGACGUGUCUGGGCUUCUUGCUGACAACUGGCUAUUGAGCCGAGCUGUGACGCGUGAAGGCGACCGUGGGCUGUGAGCGGACCGGCAGGACUGUGGGUGCCAUUUUAACCUUCCCUGUGUAGCGGUCCGCGUUUAUGGUGUGCACGUCUCCAUUCCAGACGCUGUGUGUCAUCUGACUUUGACGUCAGCAGGUCCUAUGACCACCCCCUUUACCCCAGCAGGUCUGUGGUGUCGCAGCAGCUCCCCUCCUCCCAAGCGAGCUGUGCAGACCCCCCCCCCGACACCUCUGGAAGCACGGCACGUGUGUGCACGCGCGUGUGUGUGAGAGCAAGAGGGGUCCCUCGCUGUCUCUUCUGGCUCAUCUUGGGAUUUCCAGGUUCACGGGGUGGGGGGUUGUGGGAUUAAACCUCAGGCUCUGCCUCCCAACUCGAUCUGUGUAAGAGCCCUCUCUGUGCCUGCAGGGGGCGGGGUGGUGGGGGUAGAUGCAGGGGCACUGAUGUCUUGAGAGUAAAGCUGGCCUCUUGCUUUGAGAUCAGCUGAAGAGAAGUGUGACAGGAUUGCGGCAUUUCUCUACAGGAGGUGAGGGGAGGGUCCUUUGGGCCAGACAAGGCACUUUCCAGAGGCCUGGCUCCCGGCUUCUUCCUCUCUAGUGAGCAGAGCACACAGCCAGAGUCCUGCUCUGGCCCAGCUGUCGUCCACGGACAGGGCAGGGAGGGCUGGGGUGGGAAAUCCUAGGAAGGAGUUCCAGGGCCUAAUAUUGCCUGUACGCUGCAAACAGCUGUUUCCCAUUAAUGAUGUGUCUAAGGCAGCUGAUGAUUCACCUGUCUUUCUAAUGUGAAUCUUCCUAAAGGAGAGCAAUUGAAUAAAAUUAAUUUUAAAAAGUG